GGAUCACAGAGGAGGCUGGACUUCCCUCCCGGAAGUGACCCACGUGCUUCUCAGGUCCUAGCUGGGUGCCCGGCCGCUGCUCACCGCUGACCCGAAGCUGGGGGCGCCGUGGGAUCGGUGAGCGGCCGCAGGCGGGGGAUUGAAGACCGGGUGGCCGUUCUCCACCGUGCUAGGCUGACAUGGAUCCGCUUAGAGCCCAGCAGCUGGCUGCGGAGCUGGAGGUAGAGAUGAUGGCCGACAUGUACAACAGGAUGACCAGUGCCUGCCACCGGAAGUGUGUGCCUCCCCACUACAAGGAAGCAGAGCUGUCCAAAGGCGAGUCUGUGUGCCUGGACCGAUGUGUAUCCAAGUACUUGGACAUCCAUGAGAGGAUGGGCAAAAAGUUGACAGAGUUGUCUAUGCAGGAUGAAGAGCUGAUGAAGAGGGUCCAGCAGAGCUCUGGACCGGCAUGAGGCCCCAGGCAGUGCACCCCUGGGGUGCACCUUGCCAUUUAAUCUGAUUAAAGUGUUCCCUAAUGGGCAUCUUAUGUGAAAACUGUCACACUAGGCUCUCUAGAGCAUCUCCAGGACCCCUGGAUGUGGGAGAGCUCUCCUGGCUAAAGAGGGGAACUUGUCACGCUGGUUUGUGACUGUGUAUGUGUGUAUAUGUAUAUAUCUGUAUUAAAAUAAAUUUGUGCAAAGCAG